AUGUACAAACACUUCGAUAGAAUUGUAUUCACAUCGUCGAUUUUUUCGAAUGUGUCGUCCACAAUCGGUAUGGCUGAUGUUAUCAGUAAUCGUACAGUUCAAAGCAAGAAAUCAGAAGAUGAACAAUUGGCUCUUAGUGAACGACUACGGCAGUCAUUGCGUGCAAUAGAAAAUGAAUUCGCCGAAACCAAGAACGAACUGGAUCGAACAAAGGCAAUCCUCGAGAAGGCCGAAGAGGAUCUGCUGCGAAACGAAGUUCUCUUAGCGGAAACAAAUUCGAAACUACGUGAAUCACAAAGUGAAUUGAUUGAGGCUAAAGCCAAACUCGACCAAACAGAAAACCGGCUGAUUCAAACAAACGUUAAGCUCGGCGAAACGCAAAAUGAAUUAUUUGAAACAAACGUUAAGCUCGGUGAAACGCAAAAUGAAUUAUUUGAAACAAAUCGUAAACUUAGCGAAACACAAAAUGAAUUAUUUGAAACAAAUCGUAAGCUCGGUGAAACGCAAAAUGAAUUAUUUGAAACAAACGUUAAGCUCGGUGAAACGCAAAAUGAAUUAUUUGAAACAAAUCGUCCAGACAGCUGCGUUGAUGUAGAAUUAUCCCUAACAUCGAACUUUGAAAACAAACGAAUAAGAUGUAUUCGCAUGCAAAAAAAUGAUUAA